AUGGGCUGUUCAAAUGCUCGUUUAUUGGUACAAACAUCAUUAUCUGAACCAAAUGCUAUAACAAAUUUAAAUACGAAUAAUCCUCUCAAUCCAUUACCAACAUCAGUAACAACAUCCAAUGAAACAUCACCAAUUGGUAUUGUUACUGAUACAAAUAAUAUAACAACACGAAUGCAUUUAACAGGAGUUGAUCUUGUUGUUGAAAGAAAUGGAUCCUAUACACUAUUACUAACACCAAAAACUCAUAAACAGUUAAUGCCCUAUGUAUUGCGAAAGAAACGAUUUCGGAUUCUCGUUGACAAAUCUCGCUCGCAAGAAACAUCUACUGUUAAUGUACCAUUAUCAUCUUAUUAUUUGACAAAUAAAGAACGAAUUAUGGAAAAUGAUAAAGAAUUAAAAUUAAAUGAAAAAAAAUCUAAAAAACAAAUAAACGAUAAUAUGGAAACAACAAUUGAAAAUGUUCAACAAGUUGCAACAAAUGAACUUGAUAAAGCUAAAGCACGUUUUAUUGGUGGUCGAAGUAUUGAUCGUGGUGAUCCUGAAAAUGAAAAUAUUCAAUCAGAUGAUGAAGGUAUGAUUGAAGAAAUUGUAACAACUGUUGAAGAAGAUAAAGAUCUUGAAUGUAAAGUUAAAAAGAAAAUUGAAACUAAAAAAACAAUUGCAGAAGAUCCUGAAACACAUAAUAAAAUAACAAAAGUUGUUAAAACUGAAGUUACUGAAAUAACACGUACAAUAACAAUUAAUGAUCAGCAUGAUCUUGAACGUGCUAAACGUGAAUUAGGUAUCGAUGAUGUUAGUAAAUUAUUAUCAUCAACACAAAUAAGAUAUAAUACACCAACAUCGUCAUCAUGGAUUGAUCAACCACGUUUAAUACAUGUACAAGAAAAAUAUUAUGAACCAUCAAAUGAAAUAGUUACAUCAGGUGAUUUUCCAUCCGAUAGUCCAAUAAAACAACAUUCACCUACAAUUAAUCAUAAUGAACAAGAAUCUAAACAAGAUCAAACAUUAGCUGAUGCAACAACUGUUGGACGUGGUCCUGUUAUUGAAACAUUAUCGUCAUCUUCUUCUCAACCAAUAUCAUCACAACAACAACAACGACCAACAACAACAAAUGAUAAAUCAAAACAAAUUGAAGUAAAACAAAAGAAAAAGAAAUCAAGUCUUAAUUUAUGUUCAUGUGCACGUAAUACAACAAAUGAUCAUGAUGAAGAACAACGUAAACAAAAAGCAGCAACUAUAGUUGAACAAAAAUCUAAACAAAAAAAGAAAGCAUCAAGUACAACAACACAACCAAUACUUACAUCAACAAAUAUUGAAAAUGAAUCUCAAAAUCAAGGUCAAAAGUUAAUAUCCGAUGAUAUUAAAAAAUUAAUUAAAGAUAAAAAAUCUUUAUUAAUUAAUUAUAUACAUUUAAAAAUUUUUUUACCAUCAAAAUUAUUUACAACAAAUGAACAAGAUUUAAAAGGAAGAAAAAUUUCAUCACGUAUUCUUGAUUUAUUACAACAUGAUCGUUGUUCAUCAUGGAAUAAUUUAUUUGAACAAUUAAAAAAUGAAUAUUCAGAACAAUUAUCACCAAAUUUAUUUAUUCAACCAAUGGUUAAAACAUAUGAAGAUUUAUUUACAACAAAACAAUCAAAUUUAUUAAAUACAUUUUCAACAAUACAUAAUGAAAAAGAUAUUAAAAAUUCAUCAGAAAAUAGUGAUUAUAUAACAAUUGUACAAACACAUAUUAAUGAACGAGAUCAUCAACCAAAUAUUAGUGUUAUUACUAAACCAAUUGAAGAUACACUUCAACGUUUACAACAUCAUGGUCAAUCUGAUGAAAAAGUAAUUGACGACGAUCACGAAAAAAAACAACCAGCAUUAGUUCAUACGAAGGACGUUGAAAUGUCUGAUAAUAUAAAGAAAAAUUUACGUGUUUAUAAUGAAGAACAAUUAAUAAAAAUGCUUGCUGAUAUAUCACCACAUAAACCAAUAACAUUAGCUGAAGCAAUAGCAUAUGGAUAUAUUGAUUUAGAUGAUCCAAAAUUAGGUUUAUCAAAUGAUACAAUUCAACGUAUGAAAAAUUUAUUUCGUCCAUUAUUAUAUGAUGAUGAAUCAACAUUAAAUUUAAUACGUAUUAAACGUUCAGGUCAAUAUUUAACUGAUUUUAAUCUUAGUGAAACAAAUCCAUUUGAAAAAUUUCAUCUAUCACAACCAUUUAUAUAUCAAUUACAACAAUCAUUUGAACCAACACUUGACUUAAAUGAAAAACAAUUUCGUUCAUUAACUGAAGCUAUUUUAAAUAAUAAAGAUGAAUAUUCUAAUUUACAAUUCGAUAUUGGAAGAUCAUUAAUACCAGCUGAUGAUAUGAAAGAAUCAUCAACAAAUGAUUUUAGUCAAUCUGAUUCAGGUUAUUCAAUGACAACAGCAACAUAUGAAAGUUUAGCAAGUAAAAUUAAAAAUGAAUUUGAACCAAUAAAUGAACCAAUAACGGAUCAAUUGAAUGAAUCGAAUAAAACAAAAUCACCAAUUGAUUAUGAAAAAUCAAUAAUACCUGAAAAUACAGAAUUACAAUCAACUACAAUUGAACAAAAACCAAUUGUACAUUUAGAACCACGUUCACCAAUAAUUGAACCAAUAAAUCUUCAAUCGGAAAUAAUCGAUGAAAAACCAAUUGUAAAUUUAGAUGCACAACAACCAAAAAUUGAAUCAAUUAAUGUUCAACCUGAAAUUGUUAAACAUAAAACAAUAACACAUUUAGAAGCACGAUCACCAACAAUUGAACCAAUUGAUGUUCAAUAUGAAAAAACAUCAAUUGUUGUUCCAUUAACAAGAAAAACUGAUGAAUCAACUAGUUCAAAACCAACUAUAAAUUUACAUGGUGCAGCUGUAGAUUUACCUGAAAUUGAAUUAGUUAAACCAGGACCAUUACCAACAUUACCUAUAACAAAAGAAAAACAUAAAAAACCAAAAGAAUUAGGUACAACUGACAAAACACCUAAAGUUAAAAAAUCAACUGGUGGUUUAUGUGCAUCAUGUUUUGGUACAAAAGCAGCUGAAAAUAAGAAAAAAGAAUUAACAUCCAAAACUCUUCAAGCACCAAUUGAACAAAAGAAAAUAAUUGGACAAGAAAAAAAAGAUAAUAUACCAUCAACAACAAUUAUUUCAUCAGCACCAACAAUUGAAUCAGUACCAGUACCAGUAUUACCAACAAAAACAACAACAACAACAACAACAGAUGAACAAGUUAUUUUACCUAGUGUCGAAAUCGAUAAAGUUGAAGAACAAACUACUGGGGAUCUUCCAAAAUUAGAAGAUCGUUUAGAUGCAACUAUUGAAAAAUUAAUAAUCACUGAAGAACCACAUUAUCAAUUACCAUCCAGCGAGCCUGUGCCGCUACCUGAAUAUUCAAUACCAGAACCAAAUACUUAUGAUACUCCUCGUUCAUUGGAAACACCAACUAUUGAAACUACUCAAACAAAUACAGAAGAAAAAAUUCUUACAAGUGAAAUAUCUCCUGAAAUUUCAACACUCGAAAUAAAAAAACCUGUUGAUGAAAUUAUGCCACCAAUAGAACAAAAAAUUGAAUCAAUAAUAACAACAAAAUCAGAAACAAUGCCAAAUGUUGAAAUAAAUGAAUCAACUAAAAAAGGUUCAUAUACAUUACCAACAAAAAAAUCUAAAACUAAAAAAUCUAAACAACCAAAAGUUAAAACCGAAAAAAAGCCAAGUCUAUUUUCAACAUUAUUUCGUCAUAGUGAUCAUAAAUCUAAAGCACCAACACUUAAUUUACCAUCGGUUGAACAAGAUUUAACACGAACAAAAGAAACACAUACAAAUACUAAGGUUCCAUUACAUGCACCAAAUAUUGAUUUACCUAAACUUGAUAUAUCAUUACCAAAUUAUGAUCGACCUGAAGUUGAUAUGACAAGUGGACAAAUAAAACAAUCAUCAGAAUUUUCAAUACCAGCUGUUGAUUUACCACCAAUACCGAAUUUAAAUUUACCCGAUACUAAUAAAUCAACAAGUGAUACAACAAUUGAUCCAUUAAAAGUUCCAAAUAUACAAUUACCUGAACUUCAAUUAACAUCAAAUGAACAAGAAAAUGUUAAAUUACCUGAAAUACAUUUAAAAUCUGAAAAAGAAAAAUUACCCAACGUUUCAUCAACUAUUGAUAUUAAAGAUGAUAAUAAAAUAGAAAAUUUACCAACAAUUACAGAUGGUUUAGCAUUAGCAUCACCUGUUAAUGAUAUGUUAGCAAUUCAAACUGAUAAAAAAAAUUUUCCGAUUGAAACAGAUUCACCAAUCCCAGAUUUACCUAAAAUACCUUCGAAUGAAACUGAAAUUCCAAUUAAACCAGAAUUAUUAUCAACUGAACAAAAAUAUACAACUACAGAAACACAUUUUGUACAACCACCAGAAUUACCAACAAUAAUUAAUAAACAAACAACUGAAAAUUAUGAAAUUCCACCAAAACUUCCUGAUUUUACAUUUCAAAUGCCUUCAACUGAACCUAUUUCAACAUUAUCAAGAGAUAUAAGUGUAUCUCCACCAUCAUUUGAAAAUGAAUUACCAACAGAUACAUCAAGAAUAGUUCCAGCUGUUGAAAUUUCAACAUCACCAAUAAAAUCUACUGAAAAACAAAUUAUUGAACCAAAAGUUGAAAUUAAAAAAAAAUCAUCAACACCUGCACUUUGUUCAUGUUUUGGUAAUAAAUCUCAAACACAAAAAGAAAAAACAAAAACAAUUGCUGCACCUAAAGCUAAUUUACCGGAAGUUAAUAUACCUAGUCCAUCAUCAAAUGUAUCUUCAACAUUAAAAACUAAAGGUUCAUUACGUGCACCAAGUAAUGAUUUACCAGCAGUUGAUUUAACAUUACCUCAAACAGAAUCUGUUCGUUUACCAACAACUCAUACAACUGAAAAAAAACGACAAGCACCAACAAAACCAAUUGUUAAUGAAGAAAUUGUUUUAUCUCGACCAAUUGUUACAAGUUCAGAAGUUGUUCUACCUACUACAACAACACCAACAAUAGAUGAUGUUCAUUUACAACAAACUGAUACUAUUCGAUCAAUUGAAGUUAAAGCUGAUGAAGAUCUUUUAGUUAAACCAUUGACUUUAGAAAAACAAAUUGAUGGUCAAUCAUCUAUUACUGUACCAUCAGUUGUCAAUGAAAAACAAUUAGACGAACAAAUUAAUAUUCGAUCACCAACUGUUAUCGAAACACCAUUAAAAGAAGAAGUUAAAAUUGAAUCAAUUACUACAACAACUCCUAUUGAAAAGCAAUCAGUAGAAGAAAUCAAAGACAAACAAAUUGAAUCGAAAAAAGUUUCAUCAUUUGAAAUAAAAGCACCAGCAUUACAUAUACCCGAUCUUGAUUUAGCUGCUCCAUCAAAAACUGAUGCUUAUAUAUCAUCAAUAAAACAAGAACAAACAACAACACAAUCUCGUUCAGACAGUGGCCUUGAAGCAAUAAUUUCAUCUCAUAUUCAUCCAUCAUCAACAUUUGGUACAAUUCAAACAAUUGAAGAUCUUAAUCAACAUCCAUCACUUAGUUCAGGUUUAGGUAGUGAAAUAAUUGAUAGUGUAACAACAAAAGAUAUAACAUUAUCUGAUAUUCAACAACAAAAUUUAACAACAGAAUCAAAAAUUGAUAAUAGUUUAUUAAAACAUGAUUUUACUCGUAAAAUAACAAUGAAUGAUGAUUUACGUGCUAAAUUAAUAUUUCGACAAAAUGAAUUAAAAAAAUGUUUAGAAACUGAAAUAUCAAAAUCAAUUGAUGAUUUCGAUACAAAAAAAGAUCAAAAAUCAUUAAAUAAAAUUCUUACACAUGCUAUUGAUUUAAUUAAAGAUAAGAAAGUAACAACAUAUCCUGAAUUAAAACAAAAAUUAAUUGUUGAACAUAAAAAUGAUGCUUUUAUUGUUGAUCCUGUUGUACGUUCACUUUAUUUUACUAUUGAAAAUCAAGGGUUAGAUAAUCUUGAUAAACCAGAAUUUCCAUUGGCUAUUCGUGAUAUGGUUCGUCUUCCGGCUAAACAAACAUAUGAGACAGUAACACACAUUAACAAAGAUGUAAAAAAAGAACCAACUCAUACAUCUCAAGAGCAACCAACAAAUCGUUCGUGUUUAACAUGUGGUCGUUCAAAAUCUAAGCAAAAAACUUCAUCAACAAUACCAAAACCAACAACAACAAUAACACAUACUGGUUUACUCGAUGAACGUCGUCGUGGACAAUUAAAUACACAUCGUAAUGAACUAGGUGAUAUUUUACGUGCUCAUAUUCAAUCAAGUCAACCAUCAAUAAGACAAUUUCCUGAACAUCCAAAAGAAAUUGAUAAAAUAGUUCGUAAAAGUUUAAUACUUCUAAAUCAACCAAAAAUUCUAUCAUAUGAACAAAUUCGUAAUGAUUUAAAAACUGAAUAUAAACAAACAUUUUAUCUUGUUGAUCCGAUAGUUGAUAUCACACGUGAUACAUUGGAUCAUUGUGAUAUAACACAAAUGAAAGAAAAAAUAAAUCUUGAUAUAUUAGAUUCAAAUAUAACACAAACAGCUAAUUUAUAUAAUCAAAUAUAUAAUCAAUCAAAUUUAUUAAGUACAGCAGAAUAUAAUUUAUUAAAAUCUAAUCAAUUACAAUGGUUAAAUCAAUAUUUAAUUGAUAAUGAAUUAAAAAUGAAAAAAUUAACACGAAAACAAACAAAAGAAUUACAUAAAAUAUUAAAUCGUACAUUAGAUUUACUUUCAUUAAAUUUAAUAUAUACAUGGGAUGAAUUAAAUGCACAAUUACGACGUGAAUUUCCUAAAGCACAUGAUUUAUGUGAUCGUUCAAUUGAAUUAAUAAAACAAACACAAAAAGAUGGUUUAUUAUUAUUACAACAAUCACCAAAUACAAAUCAACAAGAUUUAACAUCAAUUAAUGUUAUAAGUGCUAAUGGAAAACGACGUGCAUCAUCAUUAUUAACUGAACGUGCAAAACAAAAUAUUCAAACAAAUCGUAAAAAAAUUAUUUCAUCAAUAACAAAUUUAUUAUAUGAUUAUAAUAAACCAUUAUAUAAUGAAAAUCAAAUUGAAACAUAUGUUAAUAAAACAUUUCAUUAUUUAGAAGAAAAAAAAAUUGGAGAAUUUAAAACUUAUAAUGAUUUAAAAGAUAGAUUAAAAAAAGAUUUUAAACAUAAUCAUGAAAAAUUAAUUGAACAAAUUGUCGAUAUUAUUGAACAAGCACAUGCUACGAAUCAAUUUGAUGAUAUUGAUAAACCAGAAGUACAAACUUUAAUGAAAGAUCGAUUAGAUGGAAAACCUUUAGUUAUUAAAGAAAUGUAUGUUUCAUUACCACCACGUACAGGUACUUAUGGAACAUCAAAAUAUACAAAUGAUGAAUCUUCACGAUAUUUAUCAACAUCAAUUAAUGGUGAUCAAACAAUGAAUAGUAGUACAUCAUCACAUCGUGUUGCUCGUGGUCUUAGUUGGCGUGAAGCAAAUGAACGAGCUAGAAUUUUAUUUUAUCGUGGUAAACAUCCAGCUAUACAUUAUGAUGAACAAGCAGCUGGUUUUGAUGUACGAAUGUUACUUGAAACAACAUCAGGUGGUACACAAGAAAUACCUGUUACAGACAGUGAUGUUCAUGAAUUAUUGAAUUCAUGUGGUGUUCAAUGGGAUGGUGUUAAUAUAAUAUCAUUAGUUGAUCAUAGUGAAGAUGUUGUACGUGCUGCUGAACAAGCUGCAUUAAAAGUAAUACGUGAAAAAGGUCUUGUCGAUUUACGGACACCACCACCAACAAGAAAUACAGAUGAUAAUGAUGAACCCUUAUCAUCAUAA